AACCAGGAAGUGCCGGGUUCACAGCAAGGACGGCAGCAGCUGCGUGCUCCCCUGACUUGUCAGACUGUCAGUUAGCAAACAUUAGCAUAUUUAAUUUAUGUAUUGGUAAGAAAAUAAUUGUGUAAUGCUGACGGAGACCCGCUACCCGGCUCUUGAACACAGUCUUCGCUCCGCAUGUACAGCAGGUUGCUGUAACACUGUUCUGUGUGUGUUUGUAUGAAGGGCAUGGCGGGGGCGGCGGUGGUGUUGAGGGCUCUCCGGACCCUGCGCCCCGGGACUCUGGCCACGACCUCAGGCUGGUUCUUCGCCCCGGCGGAGUCCGUCCUCCCGCCGCCUUCACGCGCGUGGUGCCCGCCGCGGAGCAGCUGUCCUGUCAGGGCGCUGCAGGUGAGCUCUGCCUCACGCGCCGGACACAACAAGUGGUCAAAGGUGAAGAACAUUAAGGGACCCAAAGAUGAGGCGAGGAGCAGGAUGUUCAAUAAGUUAACUAUGAUGAUCAGGAUAGCCGUGAGAGAGGGUGGACCCAACCCAGAGAUGAACAUAAACUUAGCUCAGAUACUGGAGCAGUGCAGAAGCAAGAACAUGCCGAAAGCAUCCAUAGAGACUGCAAUGAAGGCUGCGGGCAAACCAGCGCACCAGCACAUGUUCGAAGCUCGGGGGCCCGGUGGGUGUCUGCUGCUCAUCGAGGCCCUGACUGACAACCACUCUCGCAGCCAGCAGGAUAUUAAACGCCUGCUAAUCAGGAAUGGAGGGAUGCUGUCAGAGGGAGCGCGGCACAACUUUGAAAAGAGGGGGGCGGUGGUGGUGCCGGGGCAGAACGUAUCGACAGAGCGAGCUCUGGAGCUGGCCAUCGAGGUGGGAGCUGAAGAUGUCCAAGAGACUGAGGAUGAGGAGGAGCAGCCCCUCCUGAAGUUUAUUUGUGACACGAUGGACACAGGAAAGGUGCGAGCCUCAUUGGAGCAGCAAGGGAUGACGAUUACAUCCGCCGGGUUGGAGUUUUUUCCCCGCACCCUCUUGUCUCUGGAUGAGGACAACCUGAAUGCUGCUUCAAUGCUCAUAGAGACCCUCACUGACUGUCCGGAUGUAGUCCGAGUGUGGGACAACAUUCAGGCGGACAGCUGAACGCGCUGCCUGGACACUUGGUGGACUGAAUAUCUCACAUGUGGAGUGUCUGAUAUUGCAGAGGAAGGAUUCAUCAACAGAUGCACUGUACUGCUAACUGCUCAUUGUUAUCAAUGUGGAAAUACGAGUGUGGUCCUGGUUAAGAUUUCCUAAAUAUAUUCUAUUGACAGACUUCACUUGUCAGAGGUUCAUUAACAGCUGGCCUCAAGCAUAUAGAAGCCAUAGAUGGGAACUUCUGCCACUAUGUUCUAUGUUGGCAAAUGCUUUAGAAAGUACGAAAAAUAAAUCUUGUCUGAUACGGAUGUCGACAGAAAAGUUCAGUUACCUCUUAUAUCCAACCUAUGAAUCUAUGAAUAUGCAACUUUUAUUUCAAAAGUUUCAGAGGGGACACUCCAGGUGAAGAGGAUACGAAUUUAACAAACGAUAUCUCCAUGAAACCUCUGCAGCCGAUGACUUAGAUCAAGACACUUAAGAUGUUUUUGUGUUACUCAUUUUCUGCAAUUGCAAAUGAUUGCUUUUUGUCAAUCAAGAAAAUGUUGUCAUCAACAAUUAAAAAAAAUCUCCUUGAAGACA